ACUGCAAAAAGUAGAAGAGGAAAUUUUUUGUUAAUUGAAGGAAAAUGACAAUAGAAGGAGAAACUGCAGUUAUCAAACAAGCAAGCAUUGGAAAUAUUGGUGAUGUCAAUAUGAAUGGCAAUGGCAAUAGCAAUAGCAAUGAAAAUAUCAAGAAAAAUAGAAUUCAGGUGUCCAAUACCAAAAAACCACUAUUCUUCUAUGUCAAUCUUGCCAAGAGGUACCUACAACAACAUCAAGAGAUAGAGCUAUCAGCUUUGGGCAUGGCCAUCACUACAGUUGUGACGAUAGCUGAGAUUCUAAAAAAUAAUGGAUUUGUUAAUGAGAAGAGUAUCGUGACUUCAACGGUCGGAACAAAGGAUGUAGCCAAGGGUCGUACGGUUCAGAAAGCUAGGAUCGAAAUUGUGCUGGAGAAGUCCGAGAAAUUCGAUAGCCUAAUGAGUGCAUCACAAAAUGCAAAUGGAAAAGUUGAAAACAAGCAGUGAGAUUGAGGAGAUGGAGCCCUACUUUUGUAAUCUAUUAAUAUAUUUUUUGAUAUUUUUUUAUUGUAUAUCUCAAAUCAGAUUAUUUUUAACUAAUUCAUAUUUUAGUAGUUGUCAUUAUAUACGUUUGUAAGUGAAGUCAAACAAAGCUGGGGCCAUGUAAUAUUUACAUCUCAUAUUGUAUAAAUCAACUUAGUUCAGUUCAAA